UAAUAUAAUCAUAUUUCGUAUGAUAUAAUCACAUUCGUAUGGUUACUAUAAGGUUGGGUCUAUAAUAACAUAUUGUAAACCUGGUCUAGUCUUUACCCCUUAGGUCACUCUUACUUUCUUUUUCUUACAAACCCAACUCAAGAAUCUACCAUCUUUAUUUUCUCCUCUCCAUUUUCUCACCUGUCUCUUUCUAUGGAUCUGAUAAUGGCGGAACCAAUGCUACUACCGAUUGCUAAAUCCAUAAUUGUUAAUAUCGCCAGUAUUACAGAAAUCAAUGCUCCCAACUCCGUUGUUUUGGAUCUCAAAGAGAUAGCAAAAAAUGUCACUGCUGCUAUUGAGGUCCUUGAAGAUGCAGAAUCCAAGCAAUCCUCGGAUGAAUUUAUACGAAAUUGGCUUAUAAAUCUGAGGUUAGUCAAUUAUGAUAUUGAUGAUCUCUUGGAUGAGAUGGCCUUUGAUGCUUUACAGCGCCGUCUCAAUGAAGGCCAUCUUCGUCGCAAGAUUAGGGACUAUAUUUCCUCAUCAAAUCCCAUAAUUUUUUAUUUGAAAUGGAGGCACAAAAUACGGGGCUUACAUGGGAAACUAGGUUCCAUUGUGGCUGAUAGCCAUGCUUUUGGUUUGAGUAGGGUUUCAGCUGAGUACUCAACUGUUGACAUCAAGGAUCCUUUUAAUACAAGUUCAUAUGUCCGUGAACCCGAUGUUAUUGGUAGAGAUGAGAUUAAGAAUGAUAUUAUAGCAAAAAUCAAUGAUGUUACUGAGCUUUCUGUGUUGUCUAUAGUUGGGAUUGGUGGGGUUGGAAAAACUGCAUUAGCUAAGUUAGUGUAUCAGGAUGUCCAACACUUUGAUUUAAAGUUCUGGUUAAAAUUCACAGACAAUUUUGACAUAUCCAAGAUUAUAAAGGGCAUUUUGAAUGAUGGUACGCCCAACAAAGAUAUGAGUAUGUUGGUGGAAAAGCUCCAUCAUUUGUUAUAUGGCAACAAGUACUUGCUUGUGUUGGAUGAUGUUUGGGAAGAAGAUCCAGAAAUGUGGUUACAGCUAAAGGAAGUGAUGGCUGUUGGUAGCUCAGGGAGUGUAAUCUUGAUCACUACAAGAAGCAACAAGGUGGCUGCUAUUAGUGGGACGAUUGAGUCAUGUCAUUUGGACAGUCUUCCAAAUGAUGUUUGCUGGUCUAUUUUCAAACAAUUGGCAUUCAAGAAAGGUGAAGAAGACAUGUAUCCGCAUCUUUGUGAGAUAGGCAAGUCUAUCAUUCAGAAAUGUCUCGGCAUCCCUCUUGUGAUUAAACUUCUAGCGGGUUUGUUAAGGAGUCAGAGAGAUACGCACAAGUGGCUACAAAUCAGUAAAAGUGAUGUAUUUGAAGAACAUUGUCCAGUAAUGGCAGUCUUCAAAUUGAGUUACUGUGAACUUUCGUCUCACUUAAAACCAUGUUUUGCUUCUCUGUCACUUAUGAAGGAUACGGAUCUUUCUACGGAUCAUGUACCAUAUAUCUGGAGUGCACUUGGUUUGUUGCCAACAGAAGACAGAAACAAGGAUAUUGAAGGGUUGGGAUACUCUUACUUCAUGGAACUAGCAUCUAAGUCCCUUAUUGAAAAAACGAGUAUUCACUUCUAUGGAAUUUAUCUCAAGAGCGAAAUGCAUGAUCUUUUGCUUCAUCUAGCUGUUGAGAGUAUGGAGAAAGAGUUAGCUAUUGUAUCUUCGAAUAAUGUGAAUUAUGGGAUAGUUAGAUACUUUGCAAGGCAUAUAGUUUGGAAAGAUGACAGUAGUAAUAAAGGGCCCCUUAGAGCCAAAAAAGCCCGAACAUUACGAUUUGAUCUUGCAAUGAAUCAUCAUGUAAGUCAUUCCUUUCUUGAGUCUAUUAUAUCCAAUUUCAGCUACUUACGCAUCUUAGAAUUUGGAAAUUUAUGGUUUGAGGAGUUGCCAAGGUCCAUUGGGAAAUUGAAGCAUUUAAGGUAUCUUGAUGUGUCCGAUAAUCCCAUCCUUAGAUGUCUUCCAGAUACAAUAUGCAAUUUAUUGAAUUUGGAAACAUUUUGUUUCAAUGGAUGUGAAAAGUUGAAAGAGCUACCAAAGGAUGUACAUCAAUUGCCAAGCUUAAAAAAAUUCAGGGUGACAACAUGUCAGUCGAGCUUAAUUGGCUCCAGAUUCUCUGACUUGAGCUCUCUACAAUUCUUGAGUUUUGAUUCAUGUAAGAGUAUGAUAUCAAUGUGGGACAAUGAUAGUGUUGGCAACCUCACUUCCCUCCGGACCUUGUGCAUCAAUGACUGUCCAAAAUUGACAAGUCUUCCGAACAGUAUGAAGUUCCUUGUCGGCCUUCAAAAGUUACAUAUACAGAAUUGUGAAGAGCUAGAUUUGGAGAAGGGAGAGGGCCUUCUAGGCCUUCAAAGCCUCCGGUAUUUGUUCAUCAGUAAUCUGAAAUUGGCUAGUCUGCCAAAUGGUGUUAAAUCUGCUGCAUUUUCUCUUCAACAUCUCAUAAUUAGAGAUUGUAGAGGUUUGGUGGAGCUUCCAGAUUGGUUUUGUUCUUUCACAUCUCUCCUGACUUUCGAAAUAAUAAAUUGUCCUCAUCUAUUGUGUUUAUCCGAUUCAUUCUGCCAUAUUACUUCUCUGUAUAAGCUUUUCAUCAAGGGUUGUCCACACCUGUCAAAAAGAUGUGCUAGACCGGGUGGAGAAGAUUACUGGCUGGUAAAACACAUACCCGAAUUCGAGCAUGAUAGCAUUGCUUUCAUCCAAAAUCAAGGGACUUCACCUCUAAAUGAUGAGGUGUGGCACUUGUGUCAUAUUGCAAGGAAUGGAAUAAUUCACACAAGGCUGAAAGAGGCUAAUAUCAAUUCAGUGACAGAUCUUUGGCGGUUGUAUCUUGUUAAUGCAGACUUACUUAAAAAGGAAGGCAAAGGGAAAUCUUAUUUGAUUAAAGGGCAUUAUGGAUAGUGCUUUUCUAGAUGCCUUUGCAUCAAACGUUCUUAAGACCCUUUGGAAUCCAGUAUUCAAAGUCAUCGGUGAUGAGAUAUAUAAGA